AUGGAUGGGGAGGAUAGUUUUGUGGCUCUGGUCCACUGCUCUGGAAAAAUUCAAAAGAGCGAAAGGCAUGGUGUGAAAUUCACAGAUAGAGAACUGGUUGAAUUUGAGGCCGGACCGAAUCGAGUUGAGAAUGCGCUGUGUGAUGAUGAUUCCGAUGAGGAGCCGGUCGAUAUUGGUAGGGACAGUGAUGAUGAUAUACCAAGAGGUACACGUACAACCCAUGGAGGUUCCGGUUCUGGAACACAAGAGUACCCUCCGCACCUGUCGUUUUUGAACUUGGAAGCCAUCGGCCAACACCAGAAUGUAGAGACAACAUUCGAUGGACAGGGUAUGCAUGAUGGGACAGGUUUGACUGAAUUUCAGAUUGGCCAAUCGUUCCAGAGUAAGGAGGAAGCCGUGCUGAGCGUAAAAGAUUACAGCAUUCGGCGUGGAGUUGAGUACAGGAUUAUGGAGUCAGACAAUCUAAAAUACCAAGGGAGAUGCAAGGAGUUCGGUAACGGGUGCAUGUGGUUGAUUCGGAUAGUCAUGCGGAAAAGGAAGAGCACAUGGGAAGUUAGGAGAUACAACGGACCACACACGUGUAUGGCCACAUCGAUAUCGAGCGACCACAAGCAGCUUGAUUAUCAUGUCAUCUGUGCGAGAAUCUUUCCAUUGAUUAGAGCUGAUGCGUCGGUGUCGAUUAAGGUGUUGCAAGAGGCAACAGAGGCAACAUAUGGUUUCAAGCCUAGUUAUCGGAAGGUGUGGUUAGCGAAGCAGAAGGCAGUAGCACAGAUCUACGGUGAUUGGGAAGAGUCAAUAGCAGAUCUGCCCCGCUGGAUCCUUGGGGUCACAUUCACCAUGGACGAUUUCGUUGCUCUGCUAAAGACCUCCCCGGUUAGAGUGGGUGACCAGGUUGAUGAAGAUAGAGUCUAUUUUCAUCGCAUGUUUUGGAAAUUUCUUCCAUGUAUUGAGGCAUUCCACCACUGUAAGCCACUCGUCAGUAUCGACGAGACACACUUGUAUGACAAGUAUGGAGGGACCUUGUUGUUGGCGAUUGCUCAGGAUGGGAAUUUGAAUAUUUUCCCUGUUGCGUUUGCACUAGUGGAGGGAGAAAAUGCAGAGUCUUGGUCAUACUUUCUGUCCAAUCUUAGAAGACAUGUUACUCCACAGGAAGGUAUUCUCGUGUUCUCUGAUAGACACAACGGCAUCAAGGCUGCGCUGGAGUCCCCAGGUAGUGGUUGGCGACCUCCCCAUGCUUAUAGGGCAUUUUGUAUUCGGCAUGUUGCUGCAAAUUUUGCCCUCACCUUCAAGGGGCAGGAUGCGAGGAGGUGGUUGGUAAACGCCGCUUAUGCGAAGACAGAAGCAUAA